GGUAUUUUCAUUUUGAAGAAAUGUGACAAGUUUUCCAAAAGACACGUUUGCCGACCGUUUACACUGAUAUCAGUACAGAUCUUAAGUUUGUUUACCAUUUACAUAAUCAUAUAAUCUAUAUAUUUGUCUCGAUCAGAACAAGUUUAAAGUUAUCGUGAGCUAUUCCUGAAACUUUUUGUGCUAUUUAAAACCAACCUCCAACCCUUCUAAACCCUGCGUUGUUGACAAUCUACACAAAAAUACUGAUAAAAUCUAUCAAUUACUAGUUAAAUGUGAGAAACUAAAGAUAAUAAUUGACUGACAUUAACAUUCAGACAAAUCUGUCACCAUGGCAACAAGUGCUUUGCACGUCACCUUCCUGUGGGAAGCCAGUAAGCCCAGCGAACGAAUGAUUGAACAGUACCACGAAAUAGAGACGGAGUUAUCCCUGGCGGUAGACGAUGCAGACCUUUUUAACUCCGAGGUUGGAGAGGAUAUCCUGAACGCUAUGACCAUGUACGACUUAUUGCCGCAAGCAGACGGAAGUAUGACGAAGAAUCGAAUGGAGAAUGCGAUAUGUUUCUGUGAUGCGAUGGCAGAGGUUUAUCUGACUGUACCGGUUGAGAGACAGCCAACUCUCACUGAUACCCUCUAUAAAACCGGUGUAACGGACGCUAUUCUCUCCAUUAUGAGAGCUGACUACCCGACUCUAAAACCUGACGAUAUGUACCUCUUCUCAGCCUUACAGAUGUGCAGUGCUACCCUCAUAGUGUCCCUAGGAACCAAGAGAGCAGAGAACGACAUCACCCGAACAGAUUACUCUCACCAGAGGCUGUGCAGGCAGAUCAUCCCUGUUCUCCAACAUAUCGUGUAUAACAGUCCUUGUCUUGCUACCGUUCUGGUGAUGUUGAAGUAUCUACUGGUGUUGGGUUCUACUCACAAGCCCUUUUUCAACGAGAUCCUGGGGGAGUUCCACGGAGUUUUAGAAGAGUUUCUAAAACCAGGAGUGCUGAUAACACAUUGGAACUCUAGGAUCCCAGCCCGUCAGAUCGAGCUGCUCAAGUCUCUAACCCCCUACAUGCCUGGGGAGGUCAACUGUUUUGUCAACAUCCUAUCUUGGUUCAUCUACGAGAUCCCAUCUAGAGGAAUGAUCGAAUCAGAUUUGGACAAGAUAAUGGAAAAGGAAAGUUUGCUAGAAAUUUACUGGAAGAUCCUGAACGAGCCAAUCCCGAGCACUUAUUUCAGAUACGCCAAGAGCAAGGUGAUGCUAUUCUACAGCUCCCUUUGUGAAGAAGGGCCCCAGUACAGCAACAAGCUGAUCGAGAAAUUUGGUGUUUGCGGUUUUCUAGAUAAGAUUCUCCAAGAUGUGCAGAUCGACCAGAGAUGCUACUUCCCACUAUCCUGUCUGGCCAAGAACAUGAUUAUCUGCAUGAACCCUCUCCACAAAGACAACUUGUACCCAAUGGACAAAGCAGUGGAACUUAUUUACGAGGACUAUGGUAAAGAUGACGGACUAGUACAGACAGAGGUUCUUCAGUACAUGCCUGGUAUGAAGAAAAGUAUGCAGAUUAAGGUUGGAAAACUUCUAACGGAGUUUGCUUUUGAGUUGAGAAACGCAUUCAUGUCAGAGUUCGCUAUUACAAACGAGAGAAAGAAAGUUAAGAAAACAAAGAGCUUCAAAGCAGUGCGAUUCAGUGGAAGCGAUCAGAUAGAUGAUGUAAUGGACCUUAAACCGGAAGAUGAGAAGUCAACAAAGUCGCCAAAGAAAAGUAAGAAACAGAAACGGAAACAGAAACUGAAAGAAGAGCAGGAGUUAGAGAAAGCGAAUGCAGAAGCUGAGAUAGAAAAAGUUGAAGCAGAAAAAGAGAAGGCAGCACUUGAGAAACAACAUAGUGAGGGAAUCUUGACAAAUGCUGUGGAAAUCAAGCAUACUACCUUACAGGGAUAUCUAGAGAAUUUAUAUGGAGAAGAAUACACCUUGUACCUACCCACUUUCGCUCAAAACGGUCUUUAUCUCACCACGAAAAGAAAGAUAUUCUACAACUGUUUGGAGGAGGUAGACAGAGAGCUAAUGUCAGCUGUGUGUACAGUGUGCAACGCCGCCCUCAACAAGAUCCAAUGUAAAGCUUGUUCCUUCAAAUACUGUUCCCCAGAGUGUCUCAACAAAGACACUAAUGACCAUACCACCUACUGUGACCUUAAAAUCCUGGAGAGGUCGUUGCAUGAAGCGGUUGUAAGCUAGUUUUAGUGGGAUUUGUUUCUUUUUGUUGUUGCUAUAUUUAAACAUUAAGUUAAUUAUGGUAUGAUGGUAUGAUCAUGUACAGUUGAUAUAUAUAUACACGGGAUUGUCUAUUUGGAAGAACCUCGGCUGUUGGAGGACACGUGAAUAUUUUGGAAUACGCUAAAUAUCAACAUUGAACAAGGAUGAGGUGAUAAACAGCUAAUACUGGAGACAAUGCCCAGUUCGAGAACAAGAACACAAUCAGUGUAACAGUGUACAGGAGAGUUGUAAUGUAGUUAUGAAGAUCUGUUAAGAGUAAAUCAUCAUUAGUAAUUAGUAUUUUCUACUUAUUUCAACUUUAAUUGGUUGAUAUUGGUUAAUUGGAGACGUAAUUAAGGUUUGGAUUAAGAUUCCCGCAAGUAUUGCUCGCAUCACUGUUUACAAUACGUAUCACUUAUUGUGUUGAUCAAUUCCGGUAACAAUCUGCGUCCCCAUCCGAAUUAACCUUUAUUAUACAUAGGAUUUUUCAUUUUAUAUUUGGUUUUGUAAAAUUUUAUGCUGGAUGUAAUCUGUAUUUAAACUUUAUUUGUUGACAAAUUUAUUUUAUCAAUCAAAAUUUAAUCUCGGAUAUU